AUGAUCCCUCAUCGCAGUUCUUCGAGUCGUUCGUCGUCUCUAUCCUCGCUCGAUCGAGAACUGCUCUCAUUUUCUCCGCCCAAGGGUCAACAAUAUUCGUCAUCACCCAUUCCAACUAAUCGUCGUUCAUCUCUAUUUUCAAUAAUUCAACAUAAUUUAACACAAGAUACUAAACUGUUAAGAGAUCAAACAAAUUCUGUAACUACACCCGUUUCAAUUCAACAACAAUACCGAAUUGUUUCGAAUCCAUUCGACCCACCGACAAGUGUUCAUCUCAAACAACGUUUGGCUAGUCCAAGCAUAUUUCAAUUGGAAAAUAAUCAAAAUCAGAAUAGAUAUACGCUCAAAGAAAAUCGUCCAUAUGAAUGGUCUGUUGAACGUCGUGCGGUGUUAAAUCCUGUUAAUUUAAGUGAACAUAUUUUACAAAUUGAUGCACAUCUUUUUAAUGAAAAUUUACAAGAACGUUAUCAGAAAGCAGCGGGUGAAUUUUGUGAGAAAUUACAUCUACCUACACCUGCCGCCAUACAACUUCAACAACAAACAAACAACGAACGAAAUGGUUGGUACAAUAGUCGAUCGGGUGACAUUUCCUUAACAGAUGUUCGGUCAACAACAUCAUUACAUAACCAACAACGCGACAUGGGGUGUCAAACACGUUUAUCACUACCUCCUAAACUCGACAUUGAAUCAAUAAUACAAAGUUUUUGCUCAUCAGAUAAUACGUCGCGUAAUAAUGAUAGUACACGAUCUUCCCAAUUAAAUGAUUCUCAAAUAAGACGCAAGUUAUUUCUCGAAGACGAUGAAAUUGAUAAUGACGAACAGAAGUAA